AUGGCGGAGGGCGGCGAGCCGGUUAUCCUUGAGGACUAUCUGUUGGUGGAAGAUGAGCCUCUGCUUCAGGAGAUGGCUGAGGAGGAUGAAGAGCUUGACCUGUACAAUGAGAUGACUUUUGGGUUAGACCAAGAGUCUAAUGAGGAGGAUGCCACAAAACUCCUGAUGCCUCUGGAGAUGAGCCCUGAGCUGGCCCAGGUGGUGGCAGAAGAGAGUGAUAUUGGGGAGGAAAUGAGACCAGGAGCAGCUGAGCAGCUGGAGGAGCUUAGAGAGCACCUGGAGGAAGGUAGGAUGGAGCCAGAGGUUGAGCAGAUGGGUACUGAGUUGGAAGAAGAGGAGGCUGACAGUGAGCCAGGGGCUGAGGAGCAGGAGGAAGACCAGGAGCCUUUUGAGGAGCCCAAUGACCUGGGAGAUCCAGCAGUGAUGAGAGCUGUGCAGAGCAGACCCACGCUGGAGAGCCAAGACUCAGCGGUGCUGGACAGUAGGAUUGGUACUUGCUGGGCAGAGUUUGACAAAGAGAAUGUGCUGGAGGUGGAUCCUGUGGUGUGGGGUUCCUGCCCAGGCAGCAUCCCACCCCACCACGUGCUGGAGGUGGCUGCCUCCUCCCUGCAGGACAAAGCCAUCCUCCAGGUCCUGGAGAGGCCCCCACUGUCCAGCAAUGCAGCCCUCAACUUCCUCAGCUCCCCUGUGCAGAGGGGCUACAGGGGCUCUCCCCAGCUCAAGCGCCAUGACUUCCGACUGAUGUCCCCCAAGUCCUUCCCCCAGCACUUUCUCCAGCAGUCGCCUCUGAUGCCUCGUUCCCCAUGCUCCCCUCGACCCUUCACAUCAGCUUGCAGACGGUCUUCGCUCUUUGCCUCCAACCAGGUGUCAGAGUACGCAUCUCCAACCCUGUUCCGGCCCAUGUCACCCAACAUCAACAGCCCAUCGCAGCCUCUCACCAUGCACUUUGGUCCCACGUCUCCCUCUUUGGACCCUGGUUUCCUCUUCAGUCCAUCAGCCAGUGGCCAGCUGAACUUCAGUGAGCCCAGCCACAUGACCCAGCUGCACCCUCAGCACCAGCGAAUCCUGACCCAGCGGCAGCAGCAGGGCGGGCAGGUGCAGAGUAUGUCCCCCAAGAAGCUGUGGUCUCCUAAAGUGGACCCUUAUGCUGAGCUGAUGACCUCCAAGGAGAAGGACUGGGUUAUCAAAGUGGAGAUGAUCCAGCUGCAGAGUGAGAACAUGGAUGAUGACUACUACUACCAGACAUACUACCACCGGCUGGAGCGUAAACAGGCGGAGGAGGAGCUGCUCGGCAGGCGCAACAAGCAGGAGCCCCCCAAGCUGGUCACGCCAUUCAUCCAGAAAGUGGAAACAUAUGACUCUGUGGUGCGUAUCGCAGGCUCACUGGGCCAGGUCGCCGUGUCCACCUGCUACAGCCCUCGCCGGGCCAUCGAUGCUGUGCACCAUGCCCUUGUGGAGGAGGCUGCGGGAAGCCACCGGCUUCGGGCACUGCACAGGAUCGAGAAGCUCUUCCUGCAGCUGCUGGAAGUGGAGGAGAUGCAGCGGAAGAUGUCCCUGGUCCCAGAGGAGGAGCAGCAGCAGCAGCCCUGCUGUCGGGAGCAGAAGAGCCAAGAAGUGAAGCAUAUCUACCAAGCCUUGAAAAUCAGGGCUUGCAGCAGUGAAGAGGAGGCAGAGGAUGAAUUCCUGCAACUCCUGUGUGUGCGGAAGGGCAAGAAGCUCACUGCUCGGCUGCUGCCUCACCUGAUGCAAGAGCAAGCUGAGAAGAUCCUGCUGACCAUCACCCGCCACCUGCCUUUCCUCAUGAAGAAGGACAUGCUGGACGAGUCUCUCCCCCUGCUCUACAGCCCAUUGAAUGAAGUGGUGGGUGGGAUGACCUUCAGCAAACUCAUUGAGGUCCUGCAGGAGAUGACCAGGCCUCUGCCUGAGUCCCCCGAGCUUCUCCUUGCCAUGGCCUUGAAGAACCAGUUUGGGAUCUCCUUGCUCUACUCCCUGCUGAGCCAUGGUGAGAGGCUGCUGUCCUCUGACGCACCGCUGGAGCCGCGCAGUGGGGACUUCGAGAUGUGGACAGACACAGUGUUCCUGGUUGCCCGGGAGCUGUCACAAGUGCCCAAGGCCUUGCUGGUGGAGCCUCUCUUCUGGCCCAGUAACCUUCUCUCACUCUUCUGCCGCUACUUGGACAAGCAGACCAUCCACCACCUGGAAGCCAAGAUGGA